AUGAAGUUGAAGUUCAUACCUGCCUUUUUAAUCCUUUUCCUUUUCCUUUUUGCAACACAGACAUCAGGUGUAACCAUUGAGUCCACCCCAGCGGAAAAUGCAGGAUAUAUUCACACAGAGCUUGAAGAAACGGUCUCUCUGACCUGCAAGCACGACAACAUAUCUGAGGCUGAUGAUGAGUUGAUUUGGCUCAGGAACUACGCCCUGGUUUCUCUGAAGGAAGGGAAUAAAAAGGGCCAAAGCAGAGUAUGCAUUUCUCCGGUGAUCCUGGAAGACAGAGAAACCACGUUCACCUGCCACCUGCGAAGCAAUGCCUCAAACAGCGUCUCCGUGGUUCUCAAUGUCACAUACCCCCCACCUUUGACGGAUCCAGAGGUGAUAACUGUGGAGGAGGAAGCGUCUCUGUCUUUGCAGUGCAUGAUUGAGGCCAAUCCUCCCGUGUCUUCAGUGAUAUGGACGCUCAACGGGACUGAGGUGGAUCUGAAAACAAGUCAAUUUACUCUGACCAACAAUGGACUCUCUACCAGACUUUUUACCGAGAAAGUCCAGCGCAUUCUUCACGAAGCCACGUACCAGUGUACGGCACAUUCACCGAUGUAUGGACUCAAGACCAAGGUGUUCACAGUCAAUGUCACAGAUAAGACCAGGAGGUUCCCUCUGUAUCCCAUGAUUGCUGGGAUUGUUGUAGUUAUUCUUACUACAUUACUUGCUAUUGCUGCGAGAUGGGAGAAAUUAGUAAAGUGCUGCAAGUAA